GCAGAAUCAUGAUGGAGAUGGAAUUGUUCGGAGUCGUUCGUCGGUAGGCAUUCGCGAGUAAAACUUCGACGAAGACAGAGGCGGACUAGAUUUCCAACUGCGAGUUGCCGAAGUGAUUUUGGGGUGGCUGACAGUGGUGCCGAUUGAACUUGGCUCAUUUCAUCUCCGUGCGCUGUGCGCCAAAAUACAGUAUAGAGAGAGAAAAAAAAAAAAUAAAUAAUGUCGCGUCGAGAGAACAACUCGAAAAGUGCCGGUGCGUAUACGAUCAUUUGCGUUGAUCGGAGUCGCUAGAAAACGAGUAAAUUUUUUUUUUUUUUCUCUUCCAAAUGUUAAGUCAUCUCUCAAGAGUUACGCUGUACGGUAGUUUUCGUUUUUAUUUCCUUCGUUUAGUGCCUCCGAGCUACCAUUCGUCUAAUUAAAAGCGACGUGGAUCGGUAAUCCUGAAGUCUGUGAGUCGACGAAAGAAUAAGAUGAAUGAAUAACGGUCGGCGAAUAAAGUUGUUCUCCCGACGUUGACGCCGUUUGAUAUUUUGACGGAGGAUAUCGGUCGGUGCGAGUAUUUUUUCGGACUUUGUCUCAGGAAUUCCAAUGAGAUUAGAAAUCGGCUGAUCGGUGUUGUCAUAGAAAGUCAUAUAAAUGCUCUUGCCCGUUGUCAUUUUGAGACAACGACGCAUGUAGAUGAUGAAUUUCUCCAACAAAUACGCCUCGUCGACCAAAAGGUCUUCGCAUCCUGCGACCUAUGCACUACGCAGUGCCAUAGUUAUGUCGAUGAUUGCGGCGGUCGCGGCCAUCCUACAUUUGAGCCACCACAAACCCAAGCAGACGUUCCUUUCGUGCGAUCGACCCUGUCAUCAUCUCGAUUGGCCGAUGAUUUGUCGCGUCAAAUUGACCCUAGAAGUAUAUCAAUCUCUGAGCAAGUCAUGCGGUAAUUGUCCAACAAACGAAACAGCCUGUUUGGGUAAGUAUUGCGUCUCGGCAGAUGGUCAGAGAAGGGGUGUACUGGUCGCCAAUCGGCAGAUGCCUGGACCAAGCAUUCAGGUUUGCGAAAACGACAUCCUAGUCGUGGACGUGGUAAAUCGUCUACCAGGAAGAGCGGUGGCUGUUCAUUGGCGAGGACAAUCUCAGAUAGAAACACCCUGCAUGGACGGUGCCCCAUUGGUGACACAGUGUCCGAUCCCCAGCUACACCGUUUUCCAGUAUAAAUUCAGGGCCGCCAUACCCGGAACCCAUUUGUGGCACGCUCACGCAGGCGGCGACGUCGCCGACGGAUUAGCUGGUUCGUUGAUCGUUCGUCAAGCGGAUCUCCGAGAGCCUCAUCGAGCCCUUUACGAUAUCGACGAUCCGAAGCACGUGCUUCUCAUCGGCGAAUGGAAGCAUUUCUUUUCUACAGAUGCGACAUCCGAUCCCCUGAGAUCGAAGACCGCUGCUCUUCUGAUAAACGGCAAAGGACGUCAAUCCGGAGGUCCUAAAAUACCGUUGUCCACUUUUACGGUAAUACCGGGACGUCGGCAUAGAUUCCGUGUCGCUCAUGCUGGCGGGGCUGGAUCUUGUCCGGUUAAUGUCGCUAUCGAAGGACACUCCGUUCUAGUCAUAGCUCUGGAUGGACACGCGGUCAAUCCUCAACAAGUCACUUCGUUCACGCUGGUCAAAGGGGAACGUCUGGACUUCAUCCUGAAGGCGAACAAGGCGAUCAGGUCCUACGGUCUCACCGUGAAAACGAUCGAGGGUUGUUUAUCAACCGCGAUGAUCGGUGGUGCGAUAUUGCGGUACAAGGGCGGUCCUGAGGGCGAUUUUUCAGCGUCCGAAGAUAAAAUUUUUACGGAUGGUAAAGAAAUGGAUCGUCAAGACACCAGAGACGUUGCUCUCACGUCCAAUCUAGCCGACAACUGCGACGGUUGGGAUAAAAUUUGCGUGACGGAAGUUCGCAGCAUUCGAAAAUUACCGGAAUAUCUCAGAGAGACGACCGAUGUUUCGAUGUAUCUACCGAUAAGCUACAGCAUCGAGAGAACCGAGUUUACGGACGGCGGGGAAAUGAGAACUCGCGUCCUGCACGUGAACAAUGCCACGUUUACCUUUCCCUCGUCUCCUCUGCUUACUCAGAGCGGAGACGUGUCCCCAGAAAUAAUUUGCUCCAGUUACGGUAGCGAGGGAAUUAAUCUCGCCGCUCGUUGUCGUCGCAGAGGUGAAAAUUCCAAGGAUCAUCAAGUCUGCGAGUGCGUCCAUAUUCGACGCGUCCCAGUAGGUGCCACGGUGGAAAUCAUCCUUCUGGAUCAGGGCGGUCUAGACGAUUUGGUGUACCAUCUGCACGGCUACAGUUUUUACGUCGUGGGAUCGAGAAAAUUCGGGCGCAGCGUGUCGAUAGAGGAGGUCAAGGAGAUGGACUCUCGCGGGGUCCUUCUGGAACGUAAUCUCAUCCAUCCCCCGCUCAAGGACACCGUUAUAGUACCGAAAUUCGGACUGGUCGCGCUCCGUUUCAAGGCGGACAAUCCGGGGUACUGGAUGCUACGUGACGAACACGCGUCGCAAUGGACCAGAGGAUUGGACGUGGUUCUCCAGGUCGGAGAAAUUAGUAGUAUGAUUCAAGCGCCCGAUGAUUUUCCAAAAUGCGGCUCAUUCGUCGGACCCGAUUAUUUCCUGAUAUAAAUCGGUCCCGACAAAAACCGACUGAUGUAAAUAACUGUACAUAGUUUCUUAUGAAUAACCAGCGAAUUUUUGUAAUAUUUUUUAUACCAGCCAGAGCAAUCAUGAUUUUUCUUUGCCUAUAUGUUACCUUAUAGUCUUCGCGGAUAGCGAAUCUUUAGAAUAAAGCUUGUAUUUUCUAAUGGAA